AGCAAAUAAGAAUAGAUCGUGGUGUUCUUUGGAGAAACAAAAAGCACGAUAACGAUACGAUAACCAAUGCUUGAAGAGGCGAAUAUCGGCAAGAUUGUGUCUAUUUUCAUGGCAAGUAAUCAUGGCCAAUAUAUGACGUGGUCAAAGGUUAUAAUAUCUCGGUACGAAGCAUGGAAAUUGGAGAAAAGACAGAGAAAUAAUAUUUAACUAGUACCGUUUGAUACGAUUGAUUGGUAAGUGUGUUUUUGUGUUUAACUUUAAAACGUUGACAGUAACUUAUAAAGAAAGCGGAAGCGCGAAAAUGAAAGAAAAACAAAGAGCGUGUGUCAAAAGGAGCGGAAAAUAGAAACGGCUGAAAAUGACAUGAUUAGAUGAAUGCUACGCAAUCCGAAUAUUUGAUAGAGGCCCAACAAAAAAGGGAGAGUAGUAGGAAAAUUACAAUAAAAACUACAAGCAGUUUUUGGCAAUUGAGUCGUCUUCCCCGAUGAACUGUGGUCGAUUUCAGAUUCAGCUGAAAAAUCAGAAGCGUUUUAUAAGACAAACCCGAAACGGAAGGAACUUAAACGAGGGGCACUAGAUGGUGCUGGUGCGAUGCUUCCGUUGAAGAAUGAAGAAUGAGAACUGCAGCAAACAUUAGCAUUACAUGAAUGAAUGCAAUGGAAUAUCUAAAAAACAAACUGCUAACGAAAUCAGUACCAUAUCUUGAAUUUCUCUUUCGGUUGAAUGUUAGAAGGAACAAGAUGUACUCGUAACUCUUAACUAGUAAAUUCGGUCAGCUUCGUCGAUUGAAGUUGUGAUCAAAAGCAAAGAGUGAUGAUAGAGAAAUAGAGAACUACUCUCCGCUCGAUCGAUUAAUCACCCUCAUCUUCAUCAAGAUUGGAUAGGAUUUUUUUGAAUUCCUUUCGUGAAAUAUGGGACGGACGAAAGGUUGCUAACGUGCAAAAAAAUCUGGUACAUCACACGAACCGCUCAAUAUUUCAUGAUUUGUCUGUUAUGGCGAAAAAGUACACAUACAUUUAUAUAACCGAAUGUAAACCCCUUAUUGUGUAUUUAUUCUUUGCUGUAAACACGCAUAUUUAUCUUGGGCCAGCUGUACGAUAAUUUGUUGGUAUCCAACAGUUUGGCUAAGCCAGCUCCAACUUACAUUGUUUUUUUCUCGUUCAGUCGGGGCGACCCCGUAUAUUUAUUCGCCAAAUACGGCCCCGCUACCCUCACUCUCAGCCCCUGGGAACAACUUACAUUGUGAUAUAACAAAUUAUGCCGUACUUCGCAAUAGUGCUGUUCCAUGCGUGCAAUAUUGAUGAAAAGAUUUCAAAUUCAUGACGUUGAUGCAUAAUUCUGCACUCAACAACUCUCCGUUGCAAUGUCUAUUUGGAAUGGAAUGGGUGCAUAUUAGCAGUUUAUCUUGGUGAACCUCAACUAGUGAACUGUUGGAAACAUGCACUCUCCAAUUCCGAUUGUAAAACAUGUAGAAUCCGACGGUGAAAGCAGGGAGACCGAAUCAAUUCUUAGAAUACAGAACAGCUAUUCCUACGCUUCUUCAUAUACAAAUGCAUGUGUUCCCAGUGAUGAUGAGCUCUUAAGUUGCUAAUGGUCAUGAUAAUUUCCAAUUCAUGUGUAACUUCAUGGAUCAUUUAAUUUGCUGAUUAGUCGGUCACUUUGGCAUUGCACGCAUCCUCGUUCGACUCAUGAAAUAUAGCAGCCUUAAUCUCCCUCCUGUCCUGAUGAUUGCAUUCAUUCCAAUUUUGAAGUUAGCGAUCUGUAUGCGAUCGAUUGUCCACAGCAAGUAUGUUGUUAUGUCACCAUAAUGAAUGAUUUAACGUAAAAAAUAAAUCAAGAUUAAUCUGGAACCAAAGUUAGAGCUCUUUCUACAAACGCUUGGUUAUCAAACAAUAGUUGUAGAUAGAACAAUUACACAAAACACACGCUCGCAACUAAUACAUGAAGGAAUCAUUUAAUCAAUUCAUUAUUAGCAACAAUCAUCAUUUGUACCACCAAGCACCUAGCACCAGUCCAAUCGAAGCGUGCCAUUCCACAUUAGUCCACUCCGAUGGUAUUUGCUAAACAUCCGUUUGGUGGCGCGUGCGAUGUUAACCGUCGGCCUUAACAACAUAGAAAAUGGAGGAUGCGACCAGCAAGCAAAAAAUCUAUUACUAAUAAUAAGGUUAACUCUGUUGUCGCUGGGAUGUGAUUGGCCUGAUGAUUAGAGCCACGCGCCCAAUAUAAAUAAACGACGCAAACCGGCAACCAGCCUUCAAUCGUAGUAGAGCAGGUUUUUUUUUAGAUUCGCAAAAAAAGGCUAUGAUUAGACACACGCAUAGAUUCCACAUUCACAUAAUCACUUCAAACGGGAUGGAACAAACUAGAAACGCCUGAUCGCAUUGAAUAGCAAGGGAUUGUAAUGCCCGACCUGCAAUCCCACCAGAAACGCGUUUGUGUAAUAUUACGAAAUGAGCAGAAACGUGACUUUGGAUAUUACAGUUCAUCGGUUAAAGAAACGGCCCAACACAACCGAAUAGUCCAAGGAUAUGGAAUAAGGCAUGUGUGUUUGCAUCUACAUUUAAUCAAAUGCAAACGAUGCACCAGGAGUGAUAGUGGGAUGAACAGUGAGAAGGACGUAUUUGAGCAGAAGCGCUCAAACGAUUGCGAAAUUUGCGUCGAUUGCAUUGUUGAAGUAAGCGAAGGAAGUAAUCGAGAUGGAUCGA